ACAAAAUGGUAAAUUGUAGUAAUUGUUCUCCCUAAAUUAACCGUACUGUGCUUUCUUCUUCACCAUCUGGUACCCUAAAUCAAAACCCAUUUUUCUUCACUUCCUCUUAGUUCAAUUCACCAUAAACCCAAUUUCAAUUUCACCCAAAACCCUUGUUCUCCUUCUCUACAAUGAAGUUUCGUUACGCCAUGGUUUGUUCUUCGAACCAGAACAGGAGCAUGGAAGCACACUUCAUUUUCAAACGACAAGGCUUCGACGUAUCUUCUUAUGGAACAGGUACCCACGUUAAGCUCCCUGGUCCCUCCCUCAGAGAACCAAAUGUCUAUGAAUUUGGAACCCCGUACAAACAUAUGCUCGAUGAGCUUCGCAGAAAAGACCCUGAACUCUACAAGCGAAACGGAAUCCUGCCAAUGCUUAAAAGAAACGCGAGUGUGAAAUUGGCACCCCAGAGAUGGCAAGAAAAUGCCGCUGAUGGCAUAUUCGAUGUGGUAAUCACGUUCGAAGAAAAAGUAUUCGAUAUGGUUGUUGAAGAUCUCCAUAAUAGAGACCAUGUUUUAUUGAAAACGGUGUUGAUAGUCAACUUGGAGGUUAAAGAUAACCACGAAGAAGCCGCCAUCGGAGCAAGGCUUACUUUAGAUUUUUGUCAUGAGCUUGAAGCUGUUGAAUCAUGGGAGGAGUCGAUUGAUGAUGUUAUUUCUGGUUUCGAGAAACACCAUCGGCGGAAGCUUUUGUAUAACAUCUCCUUCUACUGAAACUAUAGAUAAUAUUUUAUGAUGUUUGCCAGGUUUGAUGAUGUUGUUUAUCUAGAUGUCUCACAUGGAUUUUAAGGUUUCGAGAAAAGUAUAUUGUGUUUAAUUUUGGAUUUCCCCAAUAUGAUGAGAAUGAGAUUAUGUGCA